AACUAAGAAUAUGAUCCUAAAACUGUAACUAACUUUGUGUGCUUCUUUAAUGGUGCAUAUGAAAUUGUGUCCUCUUGAAAUUUUAAAAUCUAGUAUCUUUUUCUUUCUUUUUAUUUUUAUUUUUAUUGCUGAAUGUAGAAGAAAUCACUACAUAUAAAUAUUAUUAGUUUCUCUGUUCUUGCUUUUUGUGCUUCAAAAUUUAAGUAUAGCAUUAAAUUAGUGAAUUCUUAUUCCUAAGCCUACCUUCACAGCUAUUGGGGUUUAAGAGGGAAUGUGAUCUAUGUAUUUGUUAGCAUCGUCUUGAUGCUCUUUUUCUCAUAAAGUUACUCCUAUUUAUUCCAAAAAAAGAAAGAAAAAAAAGAGUGAAUAUGAUCUAUGAAUUCAUAACUUCUGCACUUUCUCUUUAAUGCUGCAUCUAGAAGAUAUUGAAUUCUGCCAAAUCUGCUGCUCCUGAUGCUGGAUGUGAAAUAACUUGCAUCAUCCAGAAAGCUAGCAGGCUCUCCUAUUCCUGGUCUUGCUUUCUGUGCCAUGUGUAAUAGGCUGAUAAUUAUGAGGAAAUAUUCACCCACAUGAAGCCAAACAGCAUACUUGGGCUAUCCCAUGGGUUUCUUCUUGGCCAUUUGCAGUCAAUGGGUCUUGAUGUCCCCAAGAACAUGAGUGUGAUAGCUUUAUGUCCCAAGGGAAUGGGUCCGUCUGUGAGGAGACUCUAUGUUCAUGGAAAAGAGAUAAAUGGUGCUGGAAUAAAUUCUAGUUUUGGCGUACAUCAGCAUGUUGAUGGCAUGGCCACUGAUGUUGCCCUUGGAUGGUCAGUUGCCCUUGGUUCUCCUUUUACAUUUGCCACUACACUGGAACAGGAAUACAAGAGUGACAUAUUUGGCGAGCGAGGCAUUUUACUCAGUGUUGUGCAUGGAAUUGUUGAGACCUUGUUCAGAAGGUAUACUGAAAAUGGAAUGAGUGAAGAUUUGGCUUACAAGAAUACCGUUGAGUGCAUAACAGGGAAUAUUUCGAAGACCAUAUCAACUCAGGGCAUGUUGGCGGUGUAUAAUUCAUUGUCAGAAGAUGGCAAAAGGGAGUUGGAGGCUGCAUAUAGUGCCUCUUACUAUCCCUCCAUGUGUAUAUUAUAUGAGUGCUAUGAGGAUGUAGCCAGCUGUAGCGAGAUCCGGAGUGUUGUCUUGGCUGGGUGUCGCUUUUAUGAAAAGGAUGGGUUGCCAGCUUUCCCAAUGGGUAAAAUUGAUCAGACGAGGAUGUGGAAAGUAGGUGAACAGGUUCGAGCAGCACGUCCAGCGGGUGACCUAGGCCCUUUAUGUUCCUUCACAGCUGGUGUCUAUGUGGCAUUAAUGAUGGCCCAGAUUGAGGUUUUGAGGAAGAAAGGGCACUCCUACUCUGAGAUCAUCAAUGAAAGCAUAAUCGAGGCUGUGGAUUCUUUGAAUCCAUUCAUGCAUGCCCGUGGAGUCUCGUUCAUGGUUGAUAACUGUUCAACCACAGCUCGGCUAGGAUCCAGGAAGUGCGCUCCGUGUUUUGACUACAUUCUGACCCAGUGGGCCUUUGUGGCGGUAGACAAUGGUGAUCCCAUCAACCAGGACCUCAUCAGCAACUUCUUGUCAGAUCCCGUGCAUGGGGCGAUGGAAGUUUGUGCGCGACUGAGACCUACUGUUGACAUCUCUGUGCCCCCUGAUGCUGACUUUGUUUGGCCAGAGUUACGCCAAUCUGGCAACUAGGUGUUGAAGGACAAC